AUGGGGGAACGGCCAGCCGUUUAUGUUCACCUAGAAAUGGGCAUCUCACUGCCCAAGAUCAUGUCCAAAGACCGACACAUCACAUACAUCUCGAAAAGUAUGAGAGAUCGAGCGAAUCAGUUUCCUCGACAAUUGCCUCCUGCAAACACCAACUAUCUCGACGCUCCAACGCAGUACCAUCACCCACACCCACAAGUGCCAGCUCAAACUCAACCGCAUCAUCAAUUUGCUGACACUGCGAACAAUCUACAGCCCAGCCACUGUGAUACAUAUCCUGUGUCGACUAAUAUAAACCAUGAACAAGACUAUCAGCCAUACCGCCCCCCACAGACACAGCACAAUGUCAAAGAAUACUAUGCGCCUGCUUCAACGGUAAAGCAGCGUAGCGCGCUACAGAUUGGAGAUUAUCGAAGAAGCUUGCGAUCGACAGACCGAAGCUCCCAUGAGCGCGGCAAAUCUGCACCGCCGCCAUUGAACAGCAGCCCUUGGGAUGUAACUCCAAACAAUACCUCAGGGGUUGCACCUCAAAUCUGGAAAGCACUGCCUGCAACUCCCAAUCAGUUUCGACUAGGGGAAGGUGAUAUGCCAUGGGACGCCUGGAACUUUCCCAUGGGGUUCAACGAUAAUAAUGAAGACGGCGAUUAUAACGAAAGGACCGAGAACCGAGCUCGCUCGAGAGAAGCCAGUCUUCGGGCUACUUGGGGACCUGAACAUCCUGGCGAAUUGCCACGUUCUUCUCUGCCCGUACAAAUCGAUGACCGGGCAAGAGGCAAAGCCAAGGACAUACAGUCUUUAGCCUCGGCAUUGAUGACAGUCGAUAACGGGUUCGAAGACCAGUGGUGGUAUCAAGGCCCCCGACUUGUCAACAUACAUGGUACUGUAAUGGUACCUACAGCCGUUCCACAGUCCAGCUUUCACCCAGAUCACCAGCAGAGCUCUGUGGGAUGGGCGGUAUCCCAGGAGGAAGAGGAGCGACAAAGAGAUCAGAAACAUCAGCAUCAAAGUCGGUUGCAGCAAGAGAGCCAAGAUCGGCAACGACGUCGACAAAGGCAUCUGUCUCUUCAAGAGCGCCAGCUUGAGUCUUUCUCUCCGUCAACCACAUCGUUCCAACCUAUCUCACCACGGUCAAGCGUGGUUGAUAUCGUGUCGCCCCUAAGCGACUCUUCAAGCCCAUUAUCAAAUUUUAGGGGCCUGCGUCGCUCUUUGACCACGCGGUCUGACGAACUUCACAUAGGCUCGAGCAACACAUCUUAA